AUGGCUUUAUUUCUUGCCAUGUUGCUUGGAUAUACAACUAUUCUUGUAGCGGAUGUCGUCAACGAUACUCCAGUAAUAAAGACAGAUUUGAAAUCAGUAAGCGGCAUUCCGCUCCCAACAGUAACUAUUUUGUUUGACUACAACUUUACCACGAGUUGUGUAUUGCUAUACAACAAUGGAACAUCUUCAAACGUGGAUGAGUGCAGCCAGUAUAUCAAACAACAGCCGCCUACAGUGCUACCUGGCACUAGCAUACAAAAAAACACCGUUACUUUUACACCUUCGCUCGAUCUGCAUGUCCAGGCAGCAGAUAAUUUGAGCGGACUGUUUGGAGCCGUGUUGGUUAAUACUGUAACUGACCCUGCUUUUGACGUAAACAAUACUCGCAAUUCUGAUUUAACAUUUGGGAUGACUAUAGUAGCGAGUGAUACAGAAUUUUCAAGCGACGAAUAUAAUGACACGCUUAUCGAAAUUGAUAAAAUUGACCCGACAUUGAGUACUUCGUUAUAUCAACAAUCAACGUAUAGUCUUUCUUACCAACAAGUUCAUAUUCUGGCUUACAAUCGGAAUGAGAGACAUAUAAUCAAGCCGAACGCGCUUGCUACUAUCGGUAUGCCAUCUGGUCUUAUUCGUGUACCUUAUAUCACUACUUCAUUAGAAACCGGACCAUUGUCAUAUCAUCCAAAUACAUUAAGUUCUGACCGUUACGGGGGAAUUAUCAUAAAAGCUAGUAGCUUUGUUGUCAGAACUGAAGUAGAGUUCAGAUCACAUACAGUGCUUAGCUUAAUCGGUUUACUCGGUGGUGCAUGGGGCCUUUCU